GAGCAAACCACCUAAUCAAAAAACCCUCAUUUUUAAAUUUUUUUUUUUUGAAUUUUCAGAAAACCCUCGUAAUUCGUUCAUGUCGUCCAACAAUCCAUCGCAGCUCCUGCCAUCAGAGUUGAUUGACCGAUGCAUUGGGUCGAAAAUAUGGGUGAUAAUGAAGGGCGACAAGGAGCUGGUGGGCACCCUCCGCGGCUUCGAUGUCUAUGUUAAUAUGGUGUUGGAAGAUGUUACUGAAUAUGAGAUCACUUCUGAAGGACGCCGUAUUACAAAACUUGACCAAAUCUUGUUAAACGGAAACAACAUUGCCAUAUUGGUUCCUGGUGGCUCACCUGACCCGGAAUGAGGUUCUUGUUUUCUGUGGCAUCCCACUCCUGCUGCGAUGUGUUUGAUGAUCGCCUUCUGUUUGAAAAGGGAAGCCAUACAACCUCUGGGGGAUCAAUAUAAAUUUGUGGUACAAGCCUUAUGAUAUGAAACUGUAGUAGUUUGAUGUAGUGAUCGUCAUAUGGAUAGUCUCUGCUACUUAUUGUUCAUUAUCUGAAAAUUCAAUUUUAAUAUUUGAGGCUUAACUUUGUACUGCU